GUGUAAGUAGACAUGUAGAAUGCAAAUAGACGGAACGGGUCGACAAGAUGCGGGUGAUCUAUAAUCGCAUACUUACUUUUGGUGAUCCAUUUCCUGAGUGAGAGUUGUUCCAAGUACCACAUCGACAAUAUCCGACUCUAUUGAAGGCAAAGACGUUUUUCAUGUUCCUCUGUUGAAAUCAUAUUCAAUAUGCCUAACACGACAAAACAAAACGAAACCUAAAGGAGGAUUAAGAUUCUAGUCAAGCCACACGACAUUUACAGGAUCCACCCAUGGGUGAGCAUGCGCCUCAGAGUUAGGGGGUCUAGCCUUACCUCUUUAUGUGCGAGCGCUCACCUUUCCUCCUUCUGCUCAGAUGAGACCUCUGCUGGCCGAAGUGAGGCGUUAACUAAAGUGCACUUUGAGUGAUUUGAUCAUAUUGUUUACCUGACUUAGAAUUGGAUUUCUUCGCAUUUGCAUCGUUAUCGUCGUCUCGAAUUCUAUCGGAGUGCGCUCUUUCUGAAAAUCAUGCACCAGACUCUCUAAAUUACUUUUCCCUUCUUAAAACAACAACACCAGUCACACCUUAGAAGGUACCGACGUCACGUUUGCGGCAGCUGUAGUGCACACUUGAGCGAGAGUCCUGCUCUACACAGUUUUUACUCUAAAUAGAAAUACUGACUUUGAAAAGUCCUCGGUAUAUCUUAUUAUAAAUGAGUGUGUCGUUAUUCCUUUUAUUCCAGGGGCGAGGGCGACACCGCUUACAUGUGUACAGAAGAAAAAUCUACGACGACUUGAAUUUCCGAAAUAAAGAGCCAUUAUUAGCUAGUUGUACGUAAGUAGAUCACCAUUCAAGGUCAAGUAGGAAUUGACUCUCUAACUAUGCAGAAAAAAUGACGGCUUCCGUAGCUCCACCGUUGGCGUCGUCCAGUGUGCCUGCUGUGUCCUCUUCCAGUAGCUCUGCGGGACCGUGUGUGGUGAAAAAGAAGGAAUAUUGGUCAUCAGAUGAAUCGGGUGGCUCCGACGCGGAGACGUUGCGUGAAGCUGGUAACUUCUUCUUCAAGAAGAAACGUUUCGAAAAAGCAAUCAGCCACUUCACAAAGGCGAUCGAGCUGGAUGAUGGGCACAACUCGAAAUUGUAUUCUAACCGCGCAAUGUGCUUCAAUGCGAGAGAGGAAUAUCGAAAGGCCGCUGAUGAUGCUCGUCUUGCAUUAACUGUAGAUGCAAGUAACGGAAAAGCAUACUAUCAAGGCUGUAAAGCGCUCUUUUCAAUGCGUGAGUUUGCCGAUUGCCAAACGUUGGCUCAAAAAGGGUUAGCUGUAUUCUCUGACGAUCAAACAGCGGGGGCCAGUACCUCUUCUGUUACACAGAUAACGCCUGCUGAGCGUGCUUCUGUGAUAAAACUGCUGACCGAGCACCUCCAGAAAGCGCAAUCCAAGCUGAAGGCACAACUCCAGGACACCGUCGACGCUUUGGAUAAGGAGGACAUAGCGAAGCUCCCACAAAAUGCGGAAAAACGGAAGUUCGUAGCAGAAGGCCGACGCCUUUACAGUACCGGCGAUCUCACGGGGGCGAUUUCGGAGUUCGAGCAAGCGCUUCGUCUGAAUCCCUUUGGAGCUACGAAGACUAGUGCUUCUAGUAAUCCUGCAGCGUCGAGUUCAUCAGAGCGUUCACGACCUGGACAACCAUUGGUCGAGGAAAAUCUCAUCAUGGACCUACGACCAGAUCUGGAAGCACAUGAGUGGAUGGCCAAAAGCUUCAUGCGCAUGCGGCGCCCAAAAGAGGCAUACGACGUUUUCAAGGCACAACUUGCGCUGAGACUAAAGAUCGAAGACCAGACGCAAAAAUGUAGAGACGAGAUCGCUGAAAUAUACAGCAACCUGGGAAUCGCAGCGAAGCAGAGCGGAAACCUGCCCGAAGCAGUAGAGGCACUCAAAAACGCACUCAAUACAACAACGAAGGGAAAUGAGCAGAGCCUCAGUACGCCGCUCUGCGCACAAAUACUCCAGAAUCUCGGACAGUACUUUAUCUCGACUAAUGGUACCUGCCUCAUUCGCAUUCCAUUCGUCAUUGUCUGCUCUCAACCGAUUAUUUUCGAAGGUUUCGCAUCUAAAUUUCUCGAUUUACUUGAAGUAGGAGCUAAAGAUUUACAUCAACUUUCUUGUACUUGUAUCAGUCGCUGUCUCAUCUAUCCUCGCUACUUUGUCCUUUAAAAAACUACAGGAUUUAUCGCGCCAGCGGGGAGAUGGAAUCCGCGCGAGACGCGUAUCAGCGGAGUCUAGAGAUUUACUUACGGUUACACGGCUCGAGCCAUGGUUGCGUGGCCCUAGGGCAUUUGUGUUUGGCCCGUCUUCCUUCUAUCACCGUCGCGACACGGAAGGACCUUUACGACAAAGUGCUGGGGAUCUUAGAUACAAAAGAGGAUAAGAAAAGGCUAGCCACACUUCUACAGGAGCUGCCUGAGGUCCCUUCGGUGGAGCGGCUCGCGGCGUUGAUCAAACAGAUUCAGGCAGAAAAGGCGAAGUUACAAGUGUGAUCAGAAAAUCUCAUAAUCCCACUUCCUUAAAUGACCCCGACCCAAUAUCAACCACCCUUGCCUCCAAGACAAGAAAUCCCUGGACAAACUGCUUGCUCGUUCUUCUGACCAAAAUGGACUCUUCAUCACGAACACGCUUCCUGGUCUCUUUAGUAUUGAGUUAU